AUGCCAAUUACAAUAUUACACCCGGCCCCAGUGCCCUUUAACGACACCAACAAUGUCGACCCGUCAGACUCAGACUCCGAUGGAGGCGCUGACCUCGACGGCGACAUCUCCAUGGGAGGCCGUCCCGCCAAAAGAGCCAGGACUGAGGAUGCAGCCAUCGUGACGCCAGGCGAAGUCAUAACAGAAGAUCCGCAAUGGAUGCGCGGACACGGCACCUACACGAUCCCCGACCCACCCCAAAUCGUCUCCUCCGUAGCUGGCACCCUCUCCAAAACCAACAAACUCCUCUCCGUCCGCCCCCUGCGCGCCCGCUACACCCCCGAGAUUGGCGACUUAGUCGUAGGCCGCAUCGUCGAAGUCCAAGCGAAGAGGUGGCGCGUCGACGUAGGCGCUUCGCUGCUAGCCCAGCUCCCGUUGUCGGCCAUCAACCUACCUGGUGGCAUUCAGCGCCGCCGCACCGAGACGGACGAGCUGCAGAUCCGCACAUUCUUCAGCGAGGGCGAGCUGCUGGUCGCUGAAGUCCAACAGCUCUACGGCGAUGGUGGCGCCGUGCUGCACACGCGCAGUUUGAAGUACGGCAAGUUGCGCAAUGGCGUCUUCGUGGCCGUGAGCGGGACGGGAGGUGGAGGAGGGGUGGUUAGGGCGAGACGACAGGCGUUUACCUUGGAUAUUCCUGGCGGGGAGGGCGGGAGUGAUAGUGGAGAGAAGAUAGAUGUGGUGUUGGGUGUCAAUGGGUACAUCUGGAUCAGCAAGCACGUCGAGGGCGAGGGGGCGGCGGCCGAGACGACAGGCCCGGGCAUCACACGUAUUGAGGAUAGUGUGGGGCUGAAUGUGUAUUCGAGCCAGAACGACAGCAUACCUGUGGAUACGAUGCGCGAGAUUGCGAGGGUCAGGGGUGUGAUUACCGUCUUGGUGGAGAAUGGGCUCAAGGUUGAUGAGGAGAUGGUCACUAAGGGGUAUCAGGAGGCGGUGGAGAUGAGCAGGAUGGACAGGGAGGGCGAGCAUUCGCUAUGGCUCGGUGGCGAGAGGGGGAAGCGGCUUGCCGAUGCGCUGGUGGGACGAUGA